CGAUGACAGCCAUCUGCUUCGUCUGCAACCUGCCCAUCCUGAGCCACCAGGUGGGGCUCGUCUGGCAGGGUGGCAAUGGCUGGGACGACCUCGUCCGGGAGCAGGUGGAGGAGUCGACGCUGCGUCAGCGGCUGGGCGCGGGGCGGCGCGACUCGGCGGCGCAGAUCACGUCGGUGUCGCCGCCCACCGAGACACAGGAGACGUCGCCGCCCACGACGGCGGGCCGGCGCCGGCGCUCCUCGCUGGCCCAGCUGACCGACAUCUUGCGCGAGUGGGGCGGCGGCAGCUCGCACGGAUCCCGCUCGCUCAGAGGCUCCAGCCACAAGGACCCACUCACCAGCCGGCGGGAGACGCUGGCGGACCUGGCCAAGUCGCUGCCCUGGGGGCGCUCCUCCACGACGACGUCGGCGCCGCCCCCGGAGACGCACACCUCGUCGGGCUUCGGCUUCCGCAAGAGGCGAGAGUCCUCGGCGGACGCCACGCUCACGGGCCGCAAGCGCAGGGAUUCCUCCGCCAUCUCUGACCUCAGGUCUGACCUGGCGCGGCUGUGGUCCUCGCGGCGGGACUCGAGCGCGACAUCCGGAGCGACCAUCAUCACAGCCAGGGACCCAGCUCAGCGGCGCGGCUCUGGGGAGUCGUCCAGGAGUGGCGGGCGCCGGGACUCCACCACUGUGAUUGCCUCCUCUGGCUCCAGGAGGGGCUCUGGGGAAUCUGCGCGCUCAGGAUCUAACGAACUGUUUAUUUCCUUCAAUAAAGCUUUUAAGGAGCAGCGGCCGUCGACGUCGUCCACGGCGUCGGACUCGGGGCCGUCGAUGGCGGUGCCCGCGCCUCCUCCGUCCUCCUCUGCCGCAGGCACCACCUCGACCACAGCGGACGUCACCAGCUCCAGCAUUGGCACCACGAGCCCCUGUUGCCGGCAGGUGUACUACAAGAGCCGGCGCGACUCGCGGUCCCACGCGUCGCCGGAGCGGCGCUCGUCGGGCAAGGAGUCUUCGGGCAAGUUCCCGCGGCUACCGCGCCAGUCGACGGCCAUCGACGAGAGCUCGCUGCCGCCAGGGCCCACGUUGUCGCCAGACCUGCAGCCCGCGUCCGACGAUGGCGGCGGGGGGCCUCCGGGCCCGGGGGCGGGGCGCAAGGCGCGCCGCGAUUCGCUCAGCCCCGACUCCGCCUCCUACAGCCGCGGUCGCCGAGACUCGCGCACACACCUCUCUCCGGACAGGGACCGCGAGUCGACGUCGAUCACGGGCGGCCCGCUGUCGCGCGCGGGCUCGGUGUGCCCGCCGCCGCCGCGCUCGCCCGACUCCUGCUCGUCCACCUGCUCCUCCAGGGACCCCUCGCCGUGCGCCCGCGAGCGCGCCGGCAGCUCGGCCGGGCCCAUCGCGCACGCGCCCGCCAUCCGCCGGCAGUCCACCACCGAGGAGAUCCUCAUCGCCAGGGGGUUCCGGCGGCAGUCUACCACUGAGGAGAUGAUCCGGUGCCGCAACUUCCGGCGCCAGAGCUCGCAGUCUGCGGAGGAGUGCACGCGCUCCCGCGGCCGGCGCGACUCGUCGGCGCAGAUCAUCGACGGCACGUUCGCCACCAUGACCGUCGAGACGAGCAGCACCUUCUUCGACUCGAGCACGCAGACGGGUGAGUAG